GCGUCUCAUCCGCCUUUUAGGAAGCUUCGAGUUCACAGGGAUUCAGCUCGGACGUGUCAUGAGUACAGACAACUGAAAGGACACUAUUGAUAUACAUGACUCUCUUCGGCUCUUGCCAUACAGGGAUAAAUCUGCCGUGCUAAAAGUUUGACUACAGUCGUUUGAAUCAUUCUCGGUGCCGUGUUGGAUCUGGAUACCUGCUCAUGUGAGUUUUCCUCCAGCUAUGGAACCCUGGCCUCUCAUGGCCUGGGGCCUGAUGCUGACCGCCAUCAUCAAAGUGGUUCAAUCGAGGGACUUCACGGAAAAAGAUAUUAUUUUUCUCCAUCCCUCAACAACUCCAUAUCCAGGAGGAUUUAAAUGUUUUACUUGUGAAGAUGCACUUGACAACUAUGAAUGCAACCGCUGGGCUCCAGAUCGCUACUGUCCACGAGAGAGCAGAUAUUGCUACACACAACAUAAGAUGAGCUGGGAUGGAAACACAGUGUCGGUGACAAAGCGUUGUGUGGCGCUGGAAGACUGUCUUGAAACAGGCUGCUCUGAGAUGGACCAUGAAGGAAACAAGGUGUGCACAUCCUGUUGUGAGGGGAACAUCUGUAACAUGCCCCUCCCACGAAACGAGACUGAUGCCAUCUUUGCCACCACGUCUCCUAUUAACGCCAGCAUUCAGCCAGCACAGAGUCCCACGCUGCUGCUCUCUGUCUGCAUCAUCAGCCUGACGCUCCACAGUAUUAACUGAGACAAUCAUCCGGAGUGGAAUAAACCUUAACAGCAGUCAGUUAGGAAACCGUCGUCAGCUGUGGGCUUUACCUUUCUCAAAAUGAAGUGUUAGCUCUUGGACUUUUUAUUUCCUAUGAAUACAUUUUUAUGAAUCAUAUACUAAUGUUUGGUUUGGCUCAAGCUGAGUGGUUUUUCGUGAUGGAUGUGGGAUGGGGAUAUUUAUGGCAAAACUGACACAAACCUGCACAUUUUCUUGUUUCGCGUUUUAUACGUUUGUAUAGAUAUAUUUAUUUUUUUAUCAUCCGUUUUUGUAGGAAG